AAAGAUGUCAGACCGACAAGGUGACUGAAACUGCUUAUCAAUCUAAUCUCGUCUGUGACGGAAUACUGUGGUUAUGCGCCCGACGCGUUGCUGGAACCAGGUUCGAUUUACGAGUCAAAUCGUUUUGAAUUUUAAUGGUGGCCAGUCGCAGAACACUCGUUUUCAUUACAUCACGUUGUUCAACCAAGUUUUCAUCGAUUUCGCGCCGAAAUAAUCAGCUUCGUGAUCAUAUUUUCGUGACGUUGUUGCAAUAAGAGUGGAAUUUCUAAUAAAAGAAGAAAGUGAAAUUUCGCGAUUUAUGAUAAAAUCGUCCAGUGUACCGGACGUUCUAGGGUAUUGAGAAAAUUGUAGAAAGUACAGGCCUGAGAAAAAUUAAAUUACACCGACUCGAUAAGUGUCUGACAAAAGUAACAAUGAGGAGUUGGUCGAUGCCGGUUUUGAUCAGCGUUUGCUUCGUCGUUUUUUCGACUCAAUUGCCAGUAACGUUGUCAAGAAUGACAUUGAACGAUGUACCCGAUAAGUGGAGAGUCGUGUCACCUGGCCAACCGCCGCAAAUCGAGUUCCGUUUGUUCAAGAGUCACACACCUGAGGGCAAGAAUUGGACGAGCAGCGUGGAAUAUAUAAUCUCGUCUAAUAACAACGCGUUAAAGAGAGUCGACAACGAAAUGGAAGAAAACGAUAAAACGGGAAAGGAAAGCAAUAAGAAAAUAGAACUCGGCUUCAGGACCAUUAUUCGCCCGUAUAAGUUAAAAUGUCCCUUGGGUCAGAAAAGGGAUCACUUUGGAAAGUGCAGAGAUGUCUUGAAAUAUCCAUACGUAAAUUAAGAUUUAACUAUUGGAAUGAGAUCUCGUGAAAAUUACUGAAACGUUUAUUAAGCUUUCUUCCUCUCUUUUUAUUAUCAUAAAUCGGUUUAAAAAGAAAUCGAUUUCAAAAUUAAGGCAAGCAAAUUUCCUGAAAAACAGCGAUAUAUAUUUGAAACACAAAGUUCAAUUUCUAUACAAAUGUUUCUAUACAGAGGAGACAGAAAAGCUCGAGAAAUAAUGCUUUUUAUAAAAACUGAUGAAUUGUCAAUGAAAUAAAACAAUUAUAUAAAAAUCAA